AUGGAUCAAUUGGUCGGUGCUUGCAUAUUCAGUAAGAUUGAUUUGCGUUUGAGUUAUCAUCAAAUUCGAGUAAAGUCAGAAGAUAUUAUGAAGAUUGUGUUCAGGACGAGAUAUGGCCACUAUGAGUACCAUGUGAUGCCGUUUGGAGUGUCUAAUGUUCUAUGUGUGUUUAUGGAGUAUGUGAAUAGGAUUUUCCAUCCUUAUCUAGAUCAGUUUGUGGUUGUGUUCGUCGAUGAUAUUUUGAUAUAUUCUAAGUCAGAUGAAGAGCAUGUUAAUGUUGUGUUACAGUGGGAAACUCCAAAGUCUGCUAUUAAGAUUAGAAGUUUUCUGAGUUUGGAUGGUCUAGGUGGUGUUUUGAUGCAGAAUGUUCAGGUUGUGGCUUAUGCUUCUAGACGGUUGAAAAUUCAUGAGAUGAAUUAUCCUACGCAUGAUCUGGAAUUUUACCAUUCGGGUAAAGUCGAUGUUGUGGAGGAUGCGUCGAGUAGGAAGUUUUUGCAUAUGUCGAUGUUGAUGGUUCGAGAGUUGGAAUUGAUUGAGCAAUUCAGAGACAUGAGUUUGGUGUGUGAGGAGACUCCUAACAAUAUGAAUUUGGGUAUGUUGAAGCUGACUAGUGGCAUCCUUGAAGAAAUCAAAGAAGGUCGGAAAAUCGACUUAGGAUUGAUUGACCGGUUAAUGUUAAACAAUCAAGGAAAAAGAGGUGAAUUAAGGAUCAACGAGAAUGAUGCGAUGGGAUUAAUAGACAUGGUUUGUGUACCAGAUAUACCAGAACUUAAGAAGAGAAUGAAGAAAAGAGUAGUUGAGUUUAUUUACGUGUGUUUAACUUGCCAAAAGUCAAAGAUUGAACAUCAGAAGUUGUUGGGUCUGAUGCAAUCGUUCAACAUUCAUGAGUGUAAAUGGGAUAUCAUUUCCAUGGAUUUUGUGAUGAGUUUGCCGAAGACGACAAAAGAACGAGACUCCAUUUGGGUUAUCAUUGACAGACUGACUAAAUUGGCUCAUUUCAUUCCGAUUAAGAUCAGUUAUCAUUUGUACGAGUUAGCUGAGUUGUAUAUUGAAAAGGUUGUUAGCUUGGAUGAUAUUCCUAAUAUUAUUAUUGUUUCGGAUAGAGAUCUGAGAUUCACAUCAAGGUUUUGGUAG